CGAGCCUGUCGCUGUCCCGGAGCCUGAGCAGCACGUUGAGCCUGUAGUCGAAGUUGAGGCCAAGCAGGUUGCCGCACUCGCACCAGACCUGCAUCAUGAGAUCGAGAAGGAGGUCCAAGAACCAGCUGUAGAUGUUCUAGAUGAACGAUCCGAUUUACCUGUACCCGAACCUGAGCCAGCUGUGGUCGAGGAUGAGCCCAUUGCUUUACCCGCGCCAAUUCAGAUGAACGUCGAUGGAUCAGAACAGGACGUCGACACCGAGUCAAAAGCUAUUGACGAGGAGGCCGAAAUAUCUGUGAAGAUGGAGGAACCUGGGUCUCAGGCAACUGCUUUACCUCCUCCUCAAUUUGAAGGACCCGUUGCAGAAGUCGAGGAAGUACAAAUCGUAGCCGGGCAAGAGAUCGAGUCUUCAGCAGCAGAGGAAGCAGUGGAGGAUGAACGCGACAACCAUCAAGUGGCCGUACCUGCGCCUGAGUCUGUGGUGGAUGAUGAACAGAUGCAGGAAGAAUACGAUGAGCAGGGAGCUUCUGUUGUGGAGGAGGCGUUGGUGGAAGUCGAGGAAGUACGAAUCGUAGCUGAGCAAGAGAUCGAGUCUUCAGCAGCGGGGGAUCAACGCGACGACCAUCAAGCGGUCUUACUUGUGCCUGAGUCUGGGGUAGAUGAUGAACAGAUACGGGAGGAGCUGGAAGUUUCUGUCGUGGAGGAGGCGUUGGCGAAGGACGAGCCCGAGCAUGAUGUGCAAGCCGCUGGGCCUGUGCUUGAACGUGAACAGUGUGCUGAGGUGGUGGUUGAGGAUGAGCCUGUAGUAUCUGAGCUCGAGCCGGUGAUAAAGGAUGAGACAAGCAAGGAUGAAGUGCCAGAAGAAAGGCGUGGUCUACAGGCUGCUCCACCCGCACCGGAACUCGAUUCUGCGAUCAAGGAGGAAUCAGUCGAGGACACCUUGCCCUCUUCCCAAUCCUCAUUGUACACCCAGCCUGCGUUGAAAGAGGAGCAGGUUGACGUUGAACUUAUACCGGAGCUGCAGCAGGAAACCGAGACUAUCGAGGGACCAGCUGAGGAUAUACAAGAGCAACAACUCAUUCCCGAGUCUGCUGUGAUCAAGGACGGGCCCGUAGUUUCACCUGCUGUGAGCGAGAUCAAAUCGCUGGUUGAAGAUGCACCAGUCGAGCCAAAGGCUGAGAAUGAGUCAGGCAAUGACGAACCUGAAUCACAGGAGGAACAUAUCGCAUCCGAACACGAGCUUGCGGUGGACGAACAACUCGCUUCGGGCGAGCCCGUUAUCAAGGACAAAGUUGAUGUGGAUGAGACAGCCAAGGAAGGACAGGAGCAAAUCGCACCACCUGAGGUCAUCGAGCUGGCCAGGGAAGAGGAACAAACGGCAUCCAAACCUAAACUUAUAGUCAAGGAGGAACAGGUCGAGGUCGAGGCUUUGGCGAGCAGAGAGCCAGUCCCUUCUUCUGCUCUCGAUCAAGUCCAUGCGUCCAAUGACGGUUCUGAACCUGUGACCAAGGAUGAGGAUGUCAUCGCCACUGCCUCGAGUCUUCGAGGUGCCGUUGUUGAAGAGAACAUCAUUGAUUCUCGCGAGGUGAGUAUCUGAAUAUCUUAGAUUCACAAGCUAAUGAAGGAUUGAACAGUUGAGCGUCGACACGUCGUCAUUGACAGACUCUACGAAAUCGCCGUGGACUCCAUCUCAUUCUGUGACGACCCAAGAUGUAGGAUCGCCCG